GUCCUUCUGCUUUAAAUGGGAGCAUCUGGCUCUUUCCUCCACAACAUCUUUCUUCCACCCAUUCUUCUAUUGUGAGAACUGCCUGCCUGACAUCUACCUGCCAGCCAUGGACCCCAACUGUGACUGCGUGAGCGGUAACUCUUGUACCUGUGCAGGCUCCUGCAAAUGUAAAUCCUGUCGAUGCACCUCCUGCAAGAAAAGCUGCUGCUCCUGCUGCCCGGCAGGAUGUGCCAAGUGUGCCCAGGGCUGUGUCUGCAAAGCCCCCCAGAUGGAGACUUGCAGCUGCUGCCACUGAUGCUCCCACCUUCCUGUGCCUGUAAAUAGAAGAAUUUGUAUGAGCCUGAAUUUUCAUACACCUUGGAUAUAUUUUUCUAUUUUUUCCCUAUAAAAUGUGUGAAUCAACAAGCAUUUAUUAAGCACUUAAUAUGACAAUAAACUCACUGAACCCUC